GCAGUGACGUGCAAGUGCAGGUGCAGGCGGAGGGCGACAGGGUGCUCAAGGCUCUUCAUCCCACGGACUGGGUGGUGCUGCUGGACGAGCGCGGCCGCACAGUGACGUCAGAGCAGUUCGCACAGCUCAUUGCUGACUGCGCUGAUGCGUCGCACCGCUCGCUGACCUUUGUGGUGGGGGGGCCCUAUGGCCAUGGGUCACAGGUGACAGCCAGAGCCAACAGCAGCAUUCGCCUGUCCUCACUCGUUCUCAACCAUGAGGUGGCGCUAGUGGUGCUGGCAGAGCAGCUGUACCGGGCGUGGACGAUACUCAAGGGCGAGAACUACCACCACUGA